UUGAAACAAACGGACACACUUUGUCGUCUUUGUGAUUUGUGAAUACGUUUUACGUUGGCCCUUGAUUUCCUAAAUCAAAUCUAAUUUCAAUCGUUCUCGCGAUUUCGAUUUCUAGGGUUUCAGUCUUCCCUCUCGGCCUCUGCAAACCUCCAAUUCAAUUCAAUCCUUUCAUACGAAUAACUCUUUAGGGUUUCUUUUCGUCGAAGAGACAAUAACAUGCCCCAGAGACACUCGAAGAACAACAACGAUUUAGCUUUCUUCACAUACGAUGAGAAGCGAAAGCUCGGAUACGGGACCCAGAGGGAGAGGCUUGGUAAAGACUCUAUUAAGCCCUUCGAUGCCUGCUGUCUCUGCUUGAAACCAUUUAUCGACCCCAUGUCUUGCCAGAAAGGCCACGUCUUUUGCAAAGAAUGCAUUCUCGAAUGUCUCUUAGCUCAAAAGAAAGAUAUCCAAAGGAAGUUAGCUGCUCAUGAAUUACAGAAGAAGCAAGAGAAGGAAGAGGAGGAAGAGAAGCUAAUGUUGCAGAAAACCAAAGAACUUGAUGCAUUUGACCAGCAAAACCAUGGUGCAGUUCCACAAUACAAUGAUAGAAAUCAAAGCCGAGACAAGAAUGGGUUCCAUGGUGCAAAUAGUGUGAAGGUCACAUCCUACGAAGAGGAAGCACUUCGAACAAUGAAAGCAUUCUGGCUUCCCUCUGCUACGCCGGAAGCUUCUGUUAAAAUAGAAGCCCCCUCCACAAGUACAGUCUGUCCAGAAGGCAAGGAAAAGCUUAAGAUGAAAAGCCUUUUCCCCAUCUACUUCACGGAAGACAAGAGUGAAAAGAAGAAAUCCAGUUCUCUCGAUAAGACCUAUAUCUGUCCUAGUUGCAAGGUUACUCUCACUAAUACAAUGUCUCUGGUGGCACUCAGUUCAUGCGGCCAUGUCUUCUGCAAGAAAUGUGCUGACACAUUUGUGGUGGUAGAUAAAGUUUGUCUGGUCUGCAACAAGGCAUGUAAGGGAAGGAAUUUGGUGAACUUGGAAAAGGGUGGAACUGGCUUUGCUGGCCAUGAUGAUAAUCUUUUAGCAACAGAUUUCAAGCAUUUAGGUAGUGGUUCAGGAUUGGGACUGGUGAGACCGGCGGCAAUGAAGAUUUAAAAAAA